CGGAACGCCAGCGCGCAAACGGCCACGCCUUAAGGCGCGUGCGCGAAGGAGCCAGUGCGGAAGUCAGAGGCGGCUCGGACGCGCAGUAGACCUGACGUGAGACGCCGGACGUCAGGAGCCUUCAGGAGGCAGCCGGCUGGCUUCCCUCAGCCGUCCCUAGCCCGAGCCCCGCGUUCCUAAGCCGGUGUUCGCGGAACGACGCGAAGCCGCUUCCUCCGAGGCGUUCGAGGCGAACCGGCGCGCGCCCGACCACCAGCCCCGGAGCUCUCGCGAGACCCGUGCGCCGCGCGAGCAGUACCGGCGUCUCCUCAGUAGCCUGGGCGGGAGUAGCGCGAUGGACGAGGACCUGGUGGUAGCGCUGCGGCUGCAGCAGGAGUGGGACGUGCAGGUGGCGCGGCGCGCGGCGGCGCGGGAGCCCGUGUCGUUGGUGGACGCGUCCUGGGAGCUGGUGGACCCCACCCCGGACCUGCAGGCGCUCUUCUUGCAGUUUAACGACCGCUUCUUCUGGGGGCAGCUGGAGGCGGUGGAAGUGAAGUGGAGUGUGCGCAUGACACUGUGUGCUGGGAUCUGCACCUAUGAAGGAAGAGGCGGAAUGUGCUCCAUCCGUCUCAGUGAACCCCUUCUAAAACUGAGACCCAGAAAGGACCUUGUAGAGACUCUUUUGCACGAAAUGAUACACGCCUACUUAUUUGUCACUAAUAAUGAUAAAGACCGGGAAGGACAUGGCCCGGAGUUCUGUAAACAUAUGCAUCGCAUUAACCAACUGACAGGCGCCAACAUAACGGUCUACCACACUUUCCAUGACGAAGUGGAUGAGUAUCGUCGGCACUGGUGGCGCUGCAAUGGGCCCUGCCAGCACAAACAGCCCUACUAUGGCUAUGUGAAGCGUGCGACCAACAGGGCACCCUCUGCCCACGACUACUGGUGGGCUGACCACCAGAAAACUUGUGGAGGCACUUUCAUAAAAAUCAAGGAGCCAGAGAACUAUUCAAAGAAAAGUAGAGGAAAGGCAAAACCAGGCAAGCAGCAAGCAUCAGCAGUGGAGAACAAAGACAAGCCGCUCAUCCCAUUCAGUGGCAAAGGGUAUGUUCUUGGACAGACAAGCACUUGCCCUUCACCUGGCAAACUGAGCACUUCAUACGUGGUUAAUGAAGCCAAAGGUCUCUCAAGUCAAGACCAUUCAGCAAGUGGCCUGAGAAUCGAUUCCAACGCCGAGGUGAAAUGUGAGCAGAAUGGUUUCCCAAGUAAAAAGCCUCAUCUGGUCUCCCCUGUCCCCACUGCCAGUCACCAGAGUGUCCUGAGCAGCUACUUCCCCAGAGUCUCUGUUGCCAACCAAAAGGCUUUCAGAAAUGUGAAUGGAUCCCCAGUUAAGAGUGGGGUCACUGGGGACUGCACCAGGCAUCCAGCCUCAUCCGGUUCUCAGAGAAAGGUUCCACCUUCCAGAGCAUCCCUGAGAAAUGCCUCCAAAGCUGUGGCCUCAGCGUCAGCAACUGUAGCGUCUGUGAUUGUGACAUCCGCAGCCGUACCCCAAGAGGAGAGUGGGUCUGAAGACCAGUUCCCAAACAAGCGGCCCCGGUUGGAGGACAGGACUGCUUUGGAUAAUAUCAUGAAGGAGCAGACGCAGAGUGGUGGUGGUGAUCCUCAGAAUAGCCCACGGCCCACAGCCGCCAGCACAGUUGGGAACUCAGGCAGCUCAUGCACUCAGCGACGGCUGGUCAACUGCCCCGUCUGUCAGAGUGUAGUUUUGGAGUCGCAGAUUAAUGAGCACUUGGACUGCUGCCUGGAAGGCAACAAAACCAAUCUCCGACCUCGAAGAGUCUGAAAUGCAGUGGGUCCCACGCCAUCUGUUGACUUUUGGUGGUGAAGGACCGUGGGUUACAGUCUGACUUGUUACACCAGCAGCGUUCUAGUUUAUGUACAAUUAGUGACUGUAGUGUGCAUCUCCAUCCGGGUAUGUGUGGUGCUAUGUCCCUGUAGUCCCAGGUACUCAGAAAGCUGAGAUGGGAACAUCCUUAAGCCCUUGACUCUGGGUAAUGUAGGGAGCCACUGUCUCAGAAUGUGUCAAAGUGCUCUGUUCACCCAUGCCUUACCUGGACUUUGGCUCAGUUUGUCCAGUAUCAAUGUAUGGUUUUAGGUACUUUUGUUUUCUCUUGAAGGUUUUAGAGAAUUAUUUUUUAUUUGUAUAGUCUCAAGACAGUCUUAUCAGGAGUCCUGACCGUUGAAUACUUUUAAUAUCAAGGUCUAUUCCUUGAAUUUAUGUUAAUUAUGACGUCAGAUUCUCUGUCCGGACAGUAUGAGGCGUAGUAGUUGUUCUCAAAGUACUCAGAGCUCUUCUUUUUUUUUCAAAGUCAUAGCAGUUGGAUAAGCUUUCUAUAUUUUAAGAGAAUUUACUUUCUAUAUAAAGGUGGAAGUGAAUUUUAAAGACUUCUAUUUUUAGUAAGUUAUAUUUUAAGUAUAAUAUAUAAUAUAUAAAAUCUGUCCCAGCUUUACUAAAAAGUGGCUGCAGAUUUUUUAAGACCCUCCUGGAUUGAAGUUUUUCUAGCUCAUGACAGCUCGUGUUUAAAAUCCCAGCAUUUGGGAGGCUGAGGCAAGGAGAUAGCUGUGGGGUUUAAAACCAGCUUGGGCUUAAGUUCCAAUCUGGGCUAUAGUAAGACCAUGUCUCAAAAACAAAACAAAACAAAAACAUUUCUUUUUUCCCAUCCCAUCUUUGUCAAGAAGUGGCAGCAAAUUUUAGAGUAGAUAAAGAAUAUAUAGUACAGUUAUUUUGGAAUGUUAGAACGGUUACUCAGUUCUGCAGGCCAUAUUUGAUAGGGACUUAAGUGAAUGGUUAAUUAAAACCUGGUGCUAAAAAGUAGCUGAUGGAUAACAUCUCACAAAGCUGCCUAAUUCCCUGGAGAGCAGGGAAAUGUCUGGAUGCAGCACUGUGAACCCUGUGCCAAUGUGAGAAGCAAAUGCACCGUUGCCUGAGCACCGGGAAGUUCCUGCAUCUUUCCGUAUUGAGCAGAGGGAACACAGAUACCUGGCUCAGUUGUCUCAUGGCUGUUCCUCCACCUUGUGGACUCUGGUACAAGGUCAUUAUACAUUGUAAGGUGCACAAAUGAUGGAGCAUGUGGGUGAACCUGGUUUGCCUGGUGUUCCACUGUAUCUUUCUCCCUUACCUUCCUGGCGGGGAUGGGGAAGUCCUAUUGUGGUUGUGCCUUUAUAGUGCUAGCCUCUCCAUCCUCAAAGGUACAGUUUACCAGAGUGUGAAGGUAGUGUCUUUGUUACUAUGUGUAGAAGUUAUUUUUAUUCCUAUGUAGAAUUUAAAGAUACCAGAAGUUUUCUCCCCACCCCAGUAUUAUUGAACCAUUGGAAGUAUCCCAGUGCAGGGCUAAGUAAUGCUGACAACACCCACUUAGGAGUGGAACUGGUCACAGGGUGUCUGUGUUCCGCUCUGCCAAACUCUGAAUUCCUCCGCCAGUAGUGUACAAGUGUCAGCUUUUCAGCAUUCUUGACAGGAUCUUUAGCCUGUCAGAUUGGAUAACAAGUUUUGAUGUUUCUUAAAGCAUGAAGUUAAAUAGUAUUAAAUGUUUAUAGAUAAAUGGCUACUAAAGUUUUGUUUGAAUAUAUGCCACAUUUUCACCAAUUUAAUAGGUUGUAGGCAAUUAAAUAUUUUUUUUUCAGCCACACUGCAUAAAACCCUAGGGCUAUGAAGUAAAUGAGGUGCAGUUCAUGCCCUUUCAGGAGCUAUUUCCUCAGUGAGGAAAGAUGCAGAUCAAUCUCAGUGCACCGCAUGACAGUGCUGGCAUGGGGUUUCACCCUGGCAGUUUUUUAGUGAGUUGAGUUAGCUUGUUAAAGAAGGGAAAGGGCCUUAAUAGGUAGGGGGUAGCUGGGCACAUCCUGUGGGACCAGCUUUUGAGGUGGAGUGUGGGUCGGUGGCAGGAGAAGUGCACACAGACAGACCAUCCAGCAUAAGAGUGGGGAUACAUCUGCUUUUCUUCCAGGCAUCUGUGCAGUGCCCAGGUGACACGGCAGGAGGGAAAGAGGAGGAGCUGGGCAUAGCACGUACCCAGCUUCAGUCGGGAGGCAACAUCAGGUUCUGAAAUGCUGGAGAGAAAAGAGCCCACACUUGGAAAAGAUUUGCCCCUAAGAAUAGUUGUCCCUGUAUCCGUCAUUCUUAUUUACAUCUAUCAGUAAGACAUGCUCCAUUUUGUUCCUAUUCUCCCUUUGGAAGCAAAUUUCUAACCUCUCAGUGGAGCUCAAGUUGGUUCAGCUCCCCACUGUAGGGCCAUAGCCGUAGGUUCUGUUUCUAUAUAAACUUUCUUUACCUCCCAGUUCAUGCUGGUUAACAAAGCAACAUGAGAAACCGUGUUUGGCUUUGGCCAACUGUGUACACACAUCCUAACUGGGAUCUGAGGUAAAUGGGAAACACUAAAACCUUAUCCUAUUUCAUUGUUCCAAAGCUCUAAGAUUGUAUUUUUUAAAAACUUUACAGAAUUUAAAAAUAAAUGAGAA